AUGCGCUGUCCUGUUCCCAGUGUGACCCAAGUCACAGACAUAGUCUGGUAUAACACAUGGUUGAAUGAUCUAAAGGUGGAGAGGAUAUAUUACAACACACUGACCUGUAGCACCACCUGUACUCUGACUGGUAACCCCACAUACAUCUGGUACAAGAACAGACAACUUCUGGACGAGAGCACCUCCCCCAGUACAAAGACCCAGUCUCCAGUAACUAUGGCGAUAGUUACUCCUGUGCUAUAUCCUGUUGGAGAUGGAUCCUACUUCUGUGUCAGAGGGGAGAGAGUCACACUGAGAUGUAGAACCCAAUGUAUAGUCGGUCUCAACCCCACCUACAUCUGGUACAAGAACGGACAAAGUCUGACCAACCCAGUCACCAGUUAUAACAGCCUGAUCCUAGACCCAGUCACCAGUUAUAACAGUCUGAUCCUAGACCCAGUCAGCAGUGAGGAUGCAGGGAACUACUCCUGUGCUGUAGAAGGCUUAGAGAGAAUCCUCUCUCCAGAAGAGACUCUCACUGUCAGAUACGGCCCAAAGAACACCUCAGUGUCAGUCAGUCCCUCUGGUGAAAUAGUGGAGGGCAGUUCAGUGACUCUGACCUGCAGCAGUGAUGCCAACCCACCUGUGGACAAAUACACCUGGUACAAGAAGAACGUAACCUCACCAAAAGCAUCAGGACAGAGUUACAACAUCACUAACAUCAGCUCUGAGGACAGAGGAGAAUAUUACUGUGAGGCCCAGAAUGGAAGAGGAUCUAUGAACUCUUCAGCUCUGAUGAUCAUUGUAGCAGGGAAACAAACAUCAGUUCUGACUGCAGCUGUAGGAAUCAUAGUGGUUGUUCUGGUUCUCAUCCUCUGUCUCUCUGGACUCAUGUGGUUCAGGAAGAAGAACUCCACCUCCACCUCCAACACAAGAGACACAGCAGAUGAUGGACAGGGAGACUCUAGUCCAGUGUAUGACAACAUCUCAAACAUGGCCAUGAACUCUACUGCAGCACAGACAGAGUCCACAUACGACCAGGAUGAUGUUCACUACGCCAGCGUCCACUUCUCUCGCUCCAAAACCAGGAAGUGCCUCUGUACUCCACCGUCCAGCUGCUUCAGCCCCAGAAACAGGAUGAGGAUGUCCAGUACGCUGCUGUGAAAUUCAACCUCCCCAGUGCUGCCACCUGACCAGCAGCAGCACAAGCAGCUGAGGUGGAUGCCUCUGAGAUCUACAGUACAGUCAACGAACCCAGAACCAAGAAGACCUGAACAUAACAAACCCAGAAACAAGAAGACAUGAACACAAAGUCCCAGAACCACAAACCCAGAACCAGGAAGAACUGAACACAACAAACCCAGAACCAAGAAGACCUGAACACAACAAACCCAGAAACAAGAAGACAUGAACAGAACAAGUUUGACAAAAAUAUAAAUAUAAAUAUAAAUAUAAAUAAAACCUUGUAUCGGGGUUUGUGGUAUGUGGCCAAUAUACCACGGCUAAGGGCUGUAUCCAAGUACUCAGUGUUGCGUUGUGCAUAAGAACAGCCCUUAGCCAUGGUAUAUUGGCCAUAUACCACACCUCCUCAGGCCUUAUUGCUUAAGUUUAUAAUAGCAAUAACAAACUUCAGGGGUUUGUGGUAUAUGGACAAUAUACUGUACCACGGCUAAGGGCUGUUCUUGAGUGAAUAUGCCGUGGUAUAUUGACCAUAUACUGCAAUCCCCUGAGGUACCUUAUUGCUAUUAUAAACUGGUUACCAACAUAAAUUGAACAGUAAACAAGUAUUUUUGCAUCAUACCUGUGGUAUAUUGUCUGAUAUACAGUAUACACUUCUGAAAUGCUGCUUCAGCCAAUCAGCAUCUAUGACCCAAACCACCCAGUUUAUAAUACUAUGUAAUAAUAUUUUCCAUCCAGCAGACACUUUUAUCCAAAUUCACUCAGUCAUUACAGUCAUGUUCAAAUACAUGUAUCGUAUGUGUAGUCCCAGCAGUGUCACGCUCGUUAAAAUGGACGGUCCAAGGCACAGUGUGAGUUGUGUUAAACCAAAAACAAGAAACAUACCACGACCGUGAACUACGUGGUGCUGAAUGCACUCACACAAAACAGGUGGAAACAGGGAACCUUUAAGUAUGAUCCCCAAUUAGAGACAACAAACAUCAGCUGUCUCUAAUUUGGAACCAUACUAAGAGCACCAACAUAUAAAUUAAAAGACUAUAGAACACCCCUUAGUCAUUCCCUGACCUACAACACCACAGAGAACCAAGGGCUCUCUAUGGUCAGGCGUGACAAGCAGGAAUUGAACCCAUGCACCAUGCUGUACAAACUGGGCCACAGAACUACUCUAUUCACACUUAGAGUAGGAGUUCGGAUCUAGGGUCAGUUUUGUCUUUUAAACUAUGAUGAAUAAGUAGGACCUUAACAUUUUUUAAAUUAUUAUUGUAAAACAUUUCUGCUUACAGCAUCUUUUUCCCAAAAUGUUGUAUUUCUGAAGUAGACAACCUCAAGGUCCAGUUGUAUUUUAUAUAACUAUAUGUUUGUAUGUUAUAUUUCUGAAGUAGACAACCUCAAGGUCCAGUUGUAUUUUAUAUAACUAUAUGUUUGUAUGUUAUAUUUAUGAAGUAGGCAACCUCAAGGUCCAGUUGUAUUUUAUAUAACUAUAUAUGUUUGUAUGUUAUAUUUCUGAAGUAGACAACCUCAAGCUCCAGUUGUAUUUUAUAUAACUAUAUAUGUCUGUAUGUUAUAUUUCUGAAGUAGAUAACCUCAAGCUCCAGUUGUAUUUUAUAUAACUAUAUAUGUCUGUAUGUUAUAUUUCUGAAGUAGACAACCUCAAGGUCCAGUUGUAUUUUAUAUAACUAUAUAUGUUUGUAUGUUAUAUUUCUGAAGUAGACAACCUCAAGGUCCAGUUGUAUUUUAUAUAACUAUAUAUGUUUGUAUGUUAUAUUUCUGAAGUAGAUAACCUCAAGGUCCAGUUGUAUUUUAUAUAACUAUAUAUGUCUGUAUGUUAUAUUUCUGAAGUAGACAACCUCAAGGUCCAGUUGUAUUUUAUAUAACUAUAUAUGUUUGUAUGUUAUAUUUCUGAAGUAGAUAACCUCAAGGUCCAGUUGUAUUUUAUAUAACUAUAUAUGUCUGUAUGUUAUAUUUCUGAAGUAGACAACCUCAAGGUCCAGUUGUAUUUUAUAUAACUAUAUAUGUUUGUAUGUUAUAUUUCUGAAGUAGAUAACCUCAAGGUCCAGUUGUAUUUUAUAUAACUAUAUAUGUUUGUAUGUUAUAUUUCUGAAACAAUCAUCAGACUUGUGAGACUAAAUGCUGUAUGAAGCUUAGAACCAGAAAGUCAUUAUAUCUGCUUCUAUUAUAUUGUAUUACUUCACAUGCUACUAUUAGAUGAUACACCUAGUAUACGUUUGGUAGAUUUGUUUGUUUUUAUGUCCAGGAAAGAGUUCUGCUUGAUGCAACGUUUCUUAUCGCUUUAUCAAAUGUUGUUUUUUUAAGCUGGUGUGUGAAGUGUGACUUUAAUGAAUAAAUUUCAUCGUCAUUGUU